AGAGAGAUGGUGAGUGAGCCACCGAUGCCUCCUGGAAGCAGAGCAGAGGGGAACUGGUGGGCGUUUGCUGGGUCUCAGCCCCGGUAGGGACCGGGACUGCAGGAAGCGUGUGCUGUGCGGCACAAACCCCCAGAAGUAGCGAAUGGCCCGAGGCGGCGGAGGUGGCAGCUCCUCCACCAGCGCGCUAACAGGACGCGGGGCACGGCUGCUCUCCCGGCAGUGCAAAGGGCUGCCGGGCUCCUGGCUGGCAGCGGCUCAGCCGCCAGCCCGCGCCUCGCGCUGCGGCCGUCAUGGGCCGGCGGGCAGAGGGCAGGGUCCGGCUCUACCCGGGCCGUGCCGCGGCCCCCCCGCAGAUAACGGCGGCUCCCGCCUCCCCCCGGCUCCAGCGGGACGGCUCUGCCCCCCUCCCGCCCCGCGCGGCCCCGGCCCCGGCUCGACAGCCGGUCUCCGUCAGCCGAUCUCCGCGGGGCGGUCAGCAUGGCUCGGCAGCCUGGCGGCUUUCUGCAGGAGGCCUCUCACCAGAUCGCCGCCGGCGGCUCGGCGGGUUCCAAAUUCAAAGAGGGAAAACUGAUCCGACCAGUUACAAGAGCCUGGGGGACUGUUUUAGGACUAUUUUCCAGAGAGAAGGGUUGCUUGGCUUCUACAAAGGAGUACUCCCUCCCAUCUUGGCUGAGACACCGAAAAGGGCAGUGAAGUUUUUCACCUUUGAACAAUACAAGAAGCUACUAGGAUAUGCAUCGUUACCACCAGGACUGGCAUUUGCAGUUGCUGGCUUGGGAUCUGGAUUAACAGAAGCAGUUGUGGUCAACCCUUUCGAAGUAGUAAAGGUUACCUUGCAGGCAAAUCGAAACAGUUUCAUAGAGCAACCGUCUAGCUUUGUUCAAGCUCAGCAGAUCAUCAAAACUGAUGGUUUGGGCCUCCACGGACUCAACAAAGGUCUUACUGCAACACUGGGCCGUCAUGGAGUUUUUAACAUGGUUUACUUUGGAUUCUACUUCAAUGUGAAGAACACGCUUCCGGUCAAUAAAGAUCCAAAUUUGGAGUUUUUGAGGAAAUUUGGAAUUGGGCUAGUCUCAGGAACAAUAGCCUCAAUUAUUAACAUUCCUUUUGAUGUUGCAAAAAGUAGGAUUCAAGGACCACAGCCAGUUCCUGGAGAGAUCAAGUACAGAACCUGUCUUAAAACUAUGGCAACAGUCUAUAAAGAGGAAGGAUUUCUGGCUCUGUACAAAGGCUUGAUUCCCAAGAUCAUGAGGCUUGGUCCAGGUAUAUAUACACCUUCUGAAAUGUUCCCUUCAUCAACUGAUACAGCUGAUACAGGUGGUGCAGUGAUGCUUUUGGUUUAUGAAUACGUUUAUGCAUGGCUUCAGGACACAGUUGAUCCCAAGUAGUGCUUCUGAAAAAUGUACUCCUUAAAAUUAUAUGCAUUCUAAAAUACAUUUUAAUAAAGUGAAACUGAUUCUCAGCC